CUUUCUGCCUAUGGCAAGCACUUUCAUUUAAACCUGACUCUCAACACAGAUUUGGUGUCCAGACAUUUUACAGUAGAGUACUGGGGGAAAGAUGGACCGCAAUGGAAGCAUGAUUUCUUAGACCACUGUCAUUACACAGGAUAUUUGCAAGACCAACACAGUACAACUAAAGUGGCCUUAAGCAACUGCAAUGGUCUGCAUGGAGUCAUUGCUACAGAAGAUGAUGAAUAUUUUAUUGAGCCUUUAAGAAAUAUAACAGAAGAUUCUAGUAACUAUAAUUAUGAGAAUGGUCAUCCUCAUGUUAUAUACAAAAAAUCUACCAUGCACCAGCAGCACCUCUAUGAUCACAGUCACUGUGGAGUCUCAGAAGACCUCACAAGAAGUGGCAAACCUUGGUGGAUGAAUGAUGCAUCUGCUUUUCCAGCUUCACGUCCAGUCAAUGGCACAGGAAGUAGCCACAGUCGACAGAAGAGAUCUGUGAGCCUUGAACGGUUUGUGGAAACGCUGGUAGUAGCAGACAAAAUGAUGGUGGGAUACCAUGGUCGCAAAGACAUUGAACACUACAUUUUGAGUGUAAUGAAUAUUGUUGCCAAACUUUAUCGUGAUUCCAGUCUAGGAAACGUUGUGAAUAUUAUAGUGACACGUUUGAUUGUCCUCACUGAAGAUCAGCCAAACUUGGAGAUAAACCACCAUGCAGACAAGUCCCUCGAUAGCUUCUGUAAGUGGCAGAAAUCCAUUCUCUCCCACCAAAGUGAUGGAAACACCAUUCCAGAAAAUGGGAUUGCCCACCAUGAUAAUGCGGUUCUUAUUACUAGAUAUGAUAUCUGCACUUAUAAAAACAAGCCUUGUGGAACACUGGGCUUGGCCUCUGUGGCUGGAAUGUGUGAGCCUGAAAGGAGCUGCAGCAUUAAUGAAGAUAUUGGCCUAGGUUCAGCUUUUACCAUUGCACAUGAGAUUGGUCACAAUUUUGGUAUGAAUCAUGAUGGAAUUGGCAAUUCCUGUGGGACCAAAGGUCAUGAAGCAGCAAAGCUAAUGGCAGCUCAUAUUACUGCAAACACCAAUCCUUUCUCCUGGUCAGCUUGCAGUCGGGAUUACAUCACCAGCUUUUUAGAUUCGGGCCGUGGUACUUGCCUUGAUAAUGAGCCUCCCAAGCGUGACUUUCUUUAUCCAGCUGUGGCCCCAGGUCAGGUGUAUGAUGCUGAUGAACAGUGUCGCUUCCAGUAUGGAGCAACAUCCCGCCAAUGUAAAUAUGGGGAAGUGUGUAGAGAGCUCUGGUGCCUCAGCAAAAGUAACCGCUGUGUUACCAACAGCAUUCCAGCAGCAGAAGGUACUCUUUGCCAAACAGGGAGCAUUGAAAAGGGGUGGUGUUAUCAGGGAGAGUGCGUCCCUUUUGGCACUUGGCCCCAGAGCAUGGAUGGGGGUUGGGGUCCGUGGUCAAUAUGGGGAGAGUGCAGCAGGACCUGCGGGGGAGGAGUCUCCUCAUCUAUAAGACACUGUGACAGUCCAGCGCCUUCAGGUGGAGGCAAAUAUUGUCUUGGAGAAAGGAAGCGUUAUCGCUCCUGUAAUACUGAUCCAUGUCCUUCAGGGGCUCGUGAUUUUAGAGAGAAGCAAUGUGCGGAUUUUGACAAUAUGCCUUUCCGGGGAAAGUAUUAUAACUGGAAACCCUACACUGGAGGUGGGGUUAAACCAUGUGCAUUAAACUGCUUGGCUGAAGGGUAUAAUUUUUACACUGAACGUGCUCCUGCAGUAAUAGAUGGGACUCAGUGCAAUGCUGAUUCACUGGAUAUCUGUAUCAAUGGAGAAUGCAAGCAUGUAGGUUGUGAUAAUAUUUUGGGGUCCGAUGCUAAGGAAGAUAGAUGCCGUGUUUGUGGAGGAGAUGGGAGUACAUGUGAAGCCAUUGAAGGUUUCUUCAAUGGUUCCUUGCCCAGAGGAGGAUAUAUGGAAGUGAUUCAAAUUCCAAGAGGUUCUGUGCACAUUGAAAUAAGAGAAGUGGCAGUGUCAAAAAACUACAUUGCUUUAAAAUCUGAAGAGGAUGACUACUAUAUUAAUGGUGCCUGGACUAUUGACUGGCCAAGAAAGUUUGAUGUUGCUGGAACAGCUUUCCAUUACAAGAGGCCAACAGAUGAACCAGAGUCUUUGGAAGCACUAGGCCCUACUUCAGAAAACCUCAUAGUCAUGAUUCUGCUGCAGGAACAGAAUUUGGGGAUAAAAUAUAAAUUCAAUGUUCCGAUCUCUCGCACUGGCAGUGGAGACAAUGAGGUUGGCUUUGCAUGGAAUCAUCUGCCUUGGUCAGAAUGUUCUGCCACUUGUGCAGGAGGUGUACAGAAACAAGAAGUGGUGUGUAAAAGGCUGGAUGACAGCUCUAUUGUACAAAACAAUUACUGUGACCCUGACAGUAAGCCUCCAGAAAACCAAAGAGCCUGCAACACUGAGCCUUGCCCACCUGAAUGGUUUAUAGGAGAUUGGUCCGAGUGCAGUAAGACGUGUGAUGGAGGAAUGCGUUCGCGGACAGUGCUCUGCAUCAGAAAGAUUGGCCCCUCCGAGGAGGAGACGCUGGACGCCGCCAACUGCUUAACACACCGGCCUCUUGAGAAAGAGCCCUGCAACAACCAGUCCUGCCCCCCACAGUGGGUUGCUCUGGACUGGUCAGAGUGCACACCAAAGUGUGGCCCAGGAUUCAAACACCGAAUUGUCCUGUGCAAAAGCAGUGAUCUUCUAAAAACCUUUCCAGCUGCGCAAUGCCAAGAUGAGAACAAGCCGCCAGUGCGCAUCCGCUGUAGCUUAGGCCGAUGUCCUCCUCCUCGCUGGGUUGCUGGAGACUGGGGACAGUGUUCUGCACAGUGUGGUCUUGGGCAACAGAUGAGAACAGUACAGUGCCUGUCAUAUACUGGACAAGCAUCCAGUGAGUGUCCAGAAACUCUCAGACCUCCAUCAAUGCAGCAGUGUGAAAGUAAAUGUGACAGUACUCCCAUUUCCAACACAGAGGAGUGCAAAGAUGUGAACAAAGUGGCCUAUUGCCCGCUGGUGCUGAAGUUCAAGUUCUGCAGUCGAGCAUACUUCAGACAGAUGUGCUGCAAGACCUGCCAAGGACACUGACCCACAGGAAGCAGAAGAAUGUGCCUUGUUAUUAUCUUUGUGGAAGAGUGUCCAUCGAAGAGAGCCACACAGUGGAAUAAGAUUGACGUCCUUGCAAAUGCAUUACCCUGUGGAAAACAUAACCACUGGUCAGCCCCAGCUGACAGGAUUUCAAUAUUAUUUUAACUUCUGUGAAGUGGGAUUUAUUAAUCCAAAGUGCUGGACACAGUAUGAGGGGAUCCCAAAUUUGAAAAAUUCACACAACACAUAUAGAAUAGCUUACUGUGGAACAUUUGUGUUCUUUUGACUAAAUCCAAUAGUCUGUUUACAUCCAUGGACCAUUAAAAUAACUUUUAUUAUGGACUUAGCAAUGACACUGAAUCAAUUUCUAUUUAAAACUGUUUAAAAUGUAGUUCUUAUGAGUUGGUUUACUAUGGAAGUAAAGAAGAAUCAAAAAAAAGUUAAGUCAUAGCUUAAAAAUCUUAACUAUUUUAUCUCUUGACACAGCACCACAAUUUAAAUUAUAAAAUGAGCUUGGAAAUGUUAUUUAAGGAGCAGAAAUUUUUUAGAAAAAAAAGUAUUUUUCCUUCAUUCCACCUAUUUCCCUUUGGAGUAAUCCAUAUUUCCUGAACACUGCUGUGAGCCAUAUAUAAAGCUAUACUAAAUAGAACAACCAUGAGGGACUUAGUUUUAAGAGGUGCAACAGUUAUUGCAGUGGUGCAUGAAAUACAAGUGUGCUAUGAAACAAAAUGAAAUCUUCACUGCAGGUUUAUAGCCAUCUUACCAUUGCACAAGUGAAACAGAUCUCCGCUGAAAGGAACAUAUUUCAGGAUCAUGGGGGAGGCAGACCCCUGUAGUGGUGAAGACUGGGUUGCCAGUUCCUUCACUACUACCAUAACGUUGUUUAGGACUUACACUUUGACUCCAGCUCACUUUUGUUUACAACACCAGCCACAAAGAAGGCUUCUAGACCUGGUUUACAUGUUAGUUUUGAUUCUCCAAAACUAAGGAAUUUGAAUGCAAAAGAUAAGCCUACUGUGUAAUAGCAACAAUCCUUUGCAAUGCUGAAAGUUAAAAUGGGUUCCAGAUGUUCCCUCCUUUGAUACCAUAGCAGAGGUGCUGUUCAUGAGAAGGAAUAUGUGAGUGUUGUAUUCAGGAGACUGCAUCUGAGUGGCAAGGAUUGCAACCAAAGAAUAAGUGACUCAUGGAGGUGUCUAGGUUCUGUUCAAAAGAGAAAUCAAAAGUGUGCUUGAGCCAAGAGGCCUGUGGGACAAUCAGGAGUAAGGCACACUGGAAAAGGGAUGGCUGUAGUGAAUUCUGGCCACCUUCACCUAAAUGGCCACGUACCUGUGUGAAGCUGGACCAUAUUUAAGCAAGGGACAGCUUUCAGCAUGAGACUGGAACAAACUCAUGCCAGUAAAUUAGAAGCUAGAUGCCUUAACUAUUCACUGCCACGCUCCACUCAUUCAUAUUACCCUAUUUUUAAUAUUCACCAAAUACUUUGUGUUUUUAAAAGUAAAACCAAACUUCUUAGGCAAGUCACAAUCAGGAAUAUAACAUUUAAAACUUAAUUGUCAUGCUCCUCUUCCCCUUCACUUUUCAGUAACAGUCUCAACAAGGAGAUGAGGAAAGUAGGUAUUUCUUUAUAAUAAUAUAUUGUACUUGAACAUUUGCAUUUUGCAACAGGUCCUUCAUGAAUGUGAUUGUGUGUCCAACUAUGACUCCUUUGUUGUAAAGCAGUUAAAACUAUGUGAACAAUAAUAUGUGUUACAAAUUCUAAUUCAAAUAGCACUUUUAAAAAAAAGGUAAUCUUUUCAGUGAAAAAUAAUUUCAAAAUAUGAGAUUGAAGUGUACCAAUGUAUUUUACCAAUAACAAACCAAAUAUGUUGCACACUACUUACUAAUGUGAAUUAACAUGGAACGAUAGAUACUGUUAAGAGGACUCAUACAAUGAAAUUCCCCCAACAUAUUGACAAUCUGUCAGGGGGUUUUGUGUAGCCCCAUGUCUAUACUCAUGACCAUCAAAUUCUGUCAUCUGCUACCUCUUGCCAGUAUUUCCACUUCUGUACACUUGUGACCAGUGGAAUUAAUUUUCAGUUGGCUUGCAUGUAUUCACAUACGCUUGUUAUCUGUUGCUCUCAUCACCAUGUAAACAACUCCUGUUAAAACUGACACCAGUCGAUAAAAACAUCCCAAAUUUUUGGGAGUUGCACAUAGAGAUUAAGGGCAGUACAUAGUGCUUGUCUGUUAAGUGAAUUGACUUCCUGUAUCCUUUUGACAGAACACCUUGGUGCUAACAUGCCCUGGUUAGAUCAGAAGUAUGAUGAGAAGGUAAGGGGUUGUUAACAACAUUCCCUAAGCAUGAGGCCUUUUUAUAUCAAGGUCCAGUUUUCUCCAGGGCAUGAUUUUUUUUAUCAGCUAAUGUGUCAUUUCAGCUAAUGAGAAAAGGGUUUUCUCUGUAUUGAAAAGAAACCCCUUUUUUUUUACCUCACUUAGGACAUGCAGAUUUUAAGGAAUGUUUCCAAAGACACAUUUUGCUCUCUUACUGGUGCUAGAACACCGGGGAUUCUGAUGUUUACUCUGCAAUAUAACAGCACUGAGGUUGGAAUUUAAAGAACUGCCUGGAGCAAUGUUGAAUUGUAUUGUUAAAGGGAACAAAACACAGAAUGUAUAUGGAUUUGCAAACUAAGCAACACUACAGACCACGACUGAAAUAUGAAACCUAAUUCAAAGAAAAAUAAUUGGUUUCAACAGCACAGUUCAUUGCUGCUGCUACACUGUAGCCAUCUAUAUAAUCUAAGCUAAAUAGUGUUAUAUUCCUAAAUAGUGACAAAAGGAGUCUUUGUGCAGGCUAUAAAUAUAACAGACCUAGAAUCAAAUAGUAAAAUACAAGAUGCAGAAACCUGGUGCCAGUACUUCCACUGAGCAAUACUAUCAGCUGAUAAAGAUCAAAACAGAAAUAAAAAUCUAAGAUUAAUCCUUCAAGGUGUAUACAUCCAAAAUAGUCCAUUUUGUUAGGAACUUUAUAAAGGAGUGAAUGUCACAUAGAUAUCCUUAAUAAUACAGACUGAAAUUACCUUUGUAUUAUUGUGAUUAGUUGCUUAUUAUUUUAUACUCAGUAUUAAUGUGGUACACUGUUACUUUAUUAUUAUUUUUGCUUUUGUAAAUUAUAUUCUAAUUUAUUGUCAUGUUUCUUAACACUUGUUCUACAUGCAUUCUCCUGCUUGUAAUAAAAACAAAAAUAUUGUAACACUUGAUGCAGUGAAAUUCCACACCAGGCACAGAUUUGUUUUUAACAUAGAUAAUUUAGUAAAA